ACCUGGAACGUUCAACAAUAUUGCGAGCACUUCAAUUGACAAUUUACCUAAGUUUAGUGAGUUUUUAUAGUUUGAUCGUCUUCGAUCCAAAUAUUUACAAAAUAUAGCAAAUAAUCGAAAUGACGUUCCGGUCCUUCUAUUUUCUAUGUUUGCUUCUUGUUACGGUUAAUUUGUGCAGAGGCGAUGGCGAAAAUAGUGCAGACAAAUCGGCAUCUACCAGAAUCGUUGGUGGUACACUAGCUUAUGCAGGCGAAUAUCCAGCUCAGAUUUCUCUUCAAAAAAGAAACCGUUUUCCCUUCUGUGGUGGUACAUUGAUUGAUGCGAGUCACGUUUUAACGGCUGCUCACUGUUGUACGACUCAAACUGGAGUUGUGAAUGGUCCUAGUACGUAUUUUCUCAUGGGUAAUUCCUUAACUGUACCUCCGCAAAUAAGCUUAAGUAAUCAAACUCGAGAUGCUACGCAUGUGUUUGUACAUCCCUACUACAAUUCCAAUACAAUGGCAAACGAUGUAGCAGUCAUUAGGGUUUCACCACCAUUCACAUUUAACACCACAAUUCGUAGUGCUACGCGCACACCAAGUAGACCACCUUCAAACUCUAAUUGUAGCGUCGCUGGAUGGGGUACGACGUCAACAGAUGGAGCUGCAUCCAGUUCUUUACGGCGCGUCAAUGUGUUGACGAUAGACCAUACGCGAUGUAAUCGCGCAUAUGGUAACAUUCAUCCGACAGGAAUGAUUUGUGCUGGAACAGUUGAAGGCGGAAAGGACUCUUGCCAGGGCGACUCAGGAGGCGGACUUUACUGUGGAAAUUAUGUGGUCGGAAUUGUAUCUUUUGGAGCCACUUGCGGUGAUGCAAGAUUUCCGGGAGUUUAUACGAGUAUAGCCGCUUACAAUGAUUGGAUAGAUUCGACUUUGGUUUGGAGUGGCGGCUCUCAUUACGAUAUUCCAACGCCAAGGCCUGGCGGUGCAUCAACUAUCUUCGUAUCGUUAUAUGUCAUCGCGUUUGGUGUGUAUAUUAUGUUGGUGUUGAGAUAAAUUGCGAAAGGCAGCCUAUAAUGUUAAAAAUUGAAAAAGCAAUUGGAUGUCUAGAUUAUUUUAGAAAUACUCUCUGAUGAUUCUGGGUUCUGGGAUGGUUUCAAAGUUGUUGGAUUUUUUACGUUGCA